AUGCCUCUGAAAGAUCCAGACCUGAACGUCAAGAAAGACAAGAGCUUCGCUCAUGUGCAUGACAGCCUGUCUCUCCUCUUGGAUGCUCUCAAUGAAACAUCCUUCGCUGAUCCCUCCAGCCCCUUUGCGCGUCAGUCAAACUUGUCACGACGAGACGUUCUCGAGGAGCUGCUGAGAAUCUCGCUCAGCGAAGGGAGGGUGUGGAAUGGCGAGUUCAUCGACGACGCCUGCAAGGAAACAUUUGCACAUGCCGCAAGGAUGAAGAAAUCAGUGACGAGAAGCAUAACGCGAGAAGAGAUAAGCGAUAGGAGUGUUGCUCUUCUGCUCGCCAUCGCAAAGAAGGACAUCCUCCCGGUUCAGCUCCUGAGCAUCAAGGUGAUAUGGAGUUUGACGAAAGACUUGAGAGCUUGCAACAUCGUGUGUGCCAAUGGCGGGCUGAAGUACCUUCUACAACUGCUCAAGGAGGGAGAAAGUCCCACCAACGAGCAUCGGCAAACAGCGCUGGACGUGCUGCAGAACGUGGCGUGUAAGAACCCAGCUCGCAUCAUCGUCGGGGGAGGAGUGGAGCUCAUGAUGAGGAUCAUUCGGUUUGGCAAUCGAUCGCUGCAAGUGAAAAGUAUCAUGUGCUUGCGAAACAUGACGCUGAAAGAGCCACAUGCAGUCAUCCCUUACGGCGUCAUAGUCAGCACGCGGCCUCUUGUCGACGAGUUCUCAGCAGAGCUGGGUAUGCGCAAGGCAGACAGCAACAUGAUAGCUGGGAUGCUGCAGAACGUGGGGCUCUUCUUCGAGUGCCCUCACGAUGCGUAUCACGACGAGCUCAGGGACACAACCCAGCUGGUCAAAUCGAAAGCGUUUUUGAGCCCCUUCCUCCUCUUGACGGACAUGAAGGGCAAGAAGGUAACCGACGUCUUUCAGCCUUCGCUGCUCUUCGUCUCGCAUCGAUUCGGUUUCGAAAGCGCAAGCGACGGAGAGUUCAAGAAACUUGUUGACUCAGCUGAACGGCUCGGAUGGAAAGUGACAGUCAGCGCGCAAGAGAUAAGCAGCUUGACCUUCGCGUAUCGCGUGACUUCAGACCCCUCGAUAUUCACAAGGCAGUAUGACCUCUGCGUCGUCAAGCUGGGAGACACACAGGAGCAAGACGCUUCUCAGCUUCGAGUCUGCCUGUGCCCCACCAACAGCACGGCCGGCGUGAUGGGCCUGAGGAGAAGUGAGGCUCAGUUUGACGAGCAGAGCAGCCCAGCACAUCACUUUGCCGUCAAUUGUCACGAGGAAUGCGGACUGAGCGACAUGUCCAAGUCGAUCCCGAGAUCCUCCAGACGGCUUGACGACACUGUUGACGUCGUUAGCAUGCCAACCAACGAGAUGUUGUUCCACCAGAUGCGGAUAGAGAUGGGAGGGACCUUGGAGGUUAUGAUCGCUAUCCACACGUUGGAAAUGGCGACGCCUCUGCCAUUUGCGUCCUCGAGUUUAUCUCUCGUUGCAAUCUAUGACGGGGAGGAAAUUUUCUCAACUGCGAUCAAAACAUUCAGCUCUGAGGUUGCUCAGCAUUUGCCGCCCUUCCCAAUCGUAACAUCUGCCAUGCCUGUGGCAACUAGACUGACAUGUGCCUAA